AUGGAUGCAUUAAGGAAACUAAAAGAUACGGCCACAAAAGGCGAGGCCGUACAGUUGUUGACCUCGGCUAAUAACGAGGACAAGACUGAUUCUAUUAAGGACGCUUCUCAUGUUCAGUUUGGCUCAGAGCCAGAGCACUAUGCUUUGGACGAGCCUACUGAUGUUACUAUAGAUGGCAACAAACAAUCACUCCGGGCAGUUGUAUUCUGUUGGAUGCAUGACAAAUCUUCUAUUGUCGACUACAAAGACUCGUGUUUGCAAAACAAUGUGCCUGACUUCAAAUUCUUGGUCAAGGAGGAGCUUAACGCUUGGCUCAAUGGUACUUCCGACCAAUGCAAGUUCAUUGAACUGCCUGACCAUGGAAGCAACGGUUCCGAGGCAACCACUGGAAACGAGAAUGGUACACAAAAGAGAAAGGCUGCAGAUGACCCUAGAAUGGCUCGGAUUGCACAGUUCGAGAUCAACUCGCUCGACCACAAUGCAGCAUUGCACGGAACCAAGAAUGUCAUGCUAAAAAAUCUCAUAUCUGAUGCUAAGAAGUUUGCUUCCCAGUUGAAGAAGACUAAAUUGUCCAAGACGCCAACGACUUCGGUAGCUAGUGCAAAGAAACAGCCGAUCAUCAUAGUAUCGCCUGCCACCACCGCACUCCUUUCGCUCACAAAUAUUAAACAAUUUCUUGAAGAAGGUAAAUUUGUUGAGCCAUCUUUGCAGAGAGUUGAGAAUAACGUGGUCACUAUUGAAAGGCCUUCGAACAGAUUUGUCAGUCCUGCUCAUUCUAUCAUGGUGGUCGACAACGUUGACUUAUUUACCAAGCCCGAGUACUGGGAUCGUGUGAUUGCUAUUUUCACUACUGGUCAAGCUUGGCAAUUCGCUAAGUACAAGUAUUCAAAGCCCGAGAUUCUUUUCCAAAAGUACCCAGGUUUUUAUAUGAGUUAUCAAGGAGAUAUAGUUCCCAAGCAGAUCCAUGACUGGAAUGUCUCUGUCGUCAGUGUCGAUAGAGGUGAAAAGAGGUUCCGUGACAAGAUGAUUGUCAAGGAUUUGUGGAUGCAGUUGGACAAAAUUCUUCUUGCAAGAAACUACGGUGUUGAAUAG